GCUUCACAAAUAAAAAUGACAAGCGCCAUGAAGAAGCUUUUACCACUUCUCGACCGUGUGCUCAUCAAAAGAGCAGAAGCAAUUACAAAAACCGCGGGAGGCAUAGUAAUUCCUGAAAAAGCGCAAGGCAAAGUUCUCCAUGGAGAAGUCAUUGCAGUUGGACCCGGUACCCGGAAAGACAACGGUGAUUUCAUCCCUCUACUGGUGAAGGUCGGUGACCGAGUCCUUCUCCCAGAAUUCGGUGGCACCAAAGUGAACCUAGAAGAUAACGACGACAAAGAGUACCAUCUCUUUAGAGAGGCCGACAUUCUGGCGAAGAUCGAGUAAAGCUCCAAGUGAUAUUUAGCUCUAAUUUUGCGUGGUUCCGAUAUUUGGUUAGUCAUUGAAACUGAUAGUUGUAGUGAAUGAACACUGAAAUAAUUGUGUAAUACAUUGGGCACUGAUGUUUUGAAUGUUAUCUCUGUUGCAUUUCUAAUUAUAAUAUUGUUAUAUGUAUUUGUUUUAUUAAUCCUCAUACUAU